AUGCUCUACUUUGAGGACGAAAAGCUUGUCUUUCGCUUCGAUGACCACCUUCUCUGGGUCGAGCCCUGGGGCGACAAUGCGUUACGUGUGCGGGCAACCAAGCAGUCCUCCAUGCCAGCCGAAGACUGGGCCCUUGCAUCAAAGCCAGAGAGCUCACAGAUUAUCAUCAACACUCCGAAUGGCGAAGAUGCUAGCAUCACGAACGGCAAGAUCAAAGCUACUGUCUCCCCGCGAGGCAAGGUCAUCAUCUACGACUCGAGUGGAAACAAACUUCUGGAAGAAUAUGCACGUCACAGGAGAGAUCCGCGCGACCCUAAAUGCAGUGCUCUUGAGAUAGAAGCACGGGAGCUACGGCCUAUCCUUGGAGGAGAUUAUCAUCUCACCAUGCGUUUUGAAUCAUUGGAUCCAAAAGAGAAGAUCUUUGGGAUGGGACAGUACCAGCAGCCGUAUUUGAACCUUAAAGGAACGGAUUUGGAGCUGGCACACCGUAACUCUCAAGCGAGUGUGCCGUUUGCUGUUUCGUCUCGAGGAUAUGGCCUUUUGUGGAAUAACCCCGGGAUCGGUCGCGCAAUGCUCGGGACGAACGUGAUGAGCUUCGAGGCAUAUUCAACACGGGCCCUCGAUUAUUGGGUUGUUGCCGGUGAUACACCCGCUGAGAUUGAAGAAUCAUAUGCAAAGGUGACCGGUUUUGUCCCGAUGAUGCCUGAAUACGGUCUUGGUUUCUGGCAGUGCAAGUUGCGAUAUUGGAAUCAGGAGCAAUUGCUGAAUGUGGCUCGUGAAUACCGACGCCGAGAGGUCCCAUUGGACUUGAUUGUUGUUGACUUUUUUCACUGGAAGCAUCAAGGCGAAUGGAGUUUUGAUCCAGAGUUCUGGCCUGACCCAGCUGCCAUGUUGAAGGAACUGCAAGAGCUCAAGGUUGAGCUUAUGGUCUCGAUCUGGCCAACAGUUGAAAAAAAGUCGACAAAUUAUCCUGAAAUGCUCGAGCGUGGGCUUCUAAUCCGUCAUGAUCGCGGGCUGCGGAUUGCAAUGCAAUGUGAUGGGGACAUCACCCAUUUUGAUGCCACCAACCCAGAGGCAAGGAAAUUUGUCUGGAGCAGAGCCAAGGAGAACUACUAUAAAUACGGUAUAAAGGUAUUCUGGCUCGAUGAGGCCGAGCCGGAGUAUUCAAUCUACGACUUCGAUAUUUACCGUUACCACGCCGGCAGCAAUCUGCAGAUUGGCAAUAUCUUUCCGAAAGAGUAUGCGCGCAGCUUUUAUGAGGGGAUGGAGGCAGAGGGCCAGACCAAUAUCGUCAACUUGCUUCGGUGUGCUUGGGCAGGCAGCCAGCGCUACGGUGCACUGGUAUGGAGUGGUGAUAUCGCGUCGUCGUGGAGCUCGUUCCGGAGUCAAUUAGCCGCGGGCCUCAACAUGGGCCUUGCCGGUAUUCCCUGGUGGACCACUGAUAUCGGCGGAUUCCACGGUGGUAACCCUGAUGACCCGGCGUUCCGUGAGCUGUUCACUCGGUGGUUCCAAUGGGGUGCAUUCUGUCCUGUGAUGCGACUGCAUGGCGAUCGUGAGCCAAAACCCGAAGGACAGCCGACUGCUAGUGGAUCGGGCAAUGAAAUAUGGUCGUAUGGUGAGGAGGUAUACCAAAUCUGCAAGAAGUUCAUCGGGAUCCGCGAAGGCUUGCGUGAGUAUAUUCGAUCUUUGAUGAGAGAAGCCCAUGAGAAAGGCACGCCAGUGAUGCGGACCCUCUUUUAUGAAUUUCCUGGGGACAAGCAAGCCUGGGAAGUGGAAACGGCAUACAUGUUCGGGCCCCGGUAUCUAGUUGCACCGGUCCUGAGCCCCGGACUGCAGAAGGUGACCGUCUAUCUGCCCGCUGGAGCAUUCUGGACUCUCUGGGGGCAGACCAAACCUCCUCACAGUGGCGUUCCGGGUGUCUACAAAGGUCCCACGACGGUCGAGGUCGACUGCCCAAUUGAGACAAUCCCUAUCUUCUACCGUGUCUGA